UGCUCUGAUGUGGCCCCAGCAGUGCCACCUGUCUGUCAGUGCCUUGUGUCAGUGCUCAUCAUGCCUCGUGCCAGUGCCCAUCAGUGCCACAUCAGUGCCACAUAUCAGUGCCUCCCAGUGCACAUCAAUGCCACAUAUCAGUGCCCAUCUGAGCUGCCUUUCAGUGUCACUUAUCAGUGCCAGUCAGUGCCACCUAUCAAUGCCAAUCAUUGCCACCUAUCAGUGCUGCCAAUCAGUGCCACCUAUCAGUGCCAGUCAGUGCCGCCUAUCAGUGCCGCCUAACAGUGCCUGUCAAUGCCGCCUAACAGUGCCAGUCAGUGCUGCCUAACAGUGCCAGUCAGUGCUGCCUAUUAGUGCCAGUCAGUGCCACCUAUCAGUGCUGCCUAUCAGUGAUGCCUUUCAGUGCCCAUCAGUGAUGCCUGUCAAUGCCCAUCAGUGCCACCUACCAGUGCCUGCUCAUCAGUG